AUGACUAGCCCCUCUACAAAACGCCUCCUCAAAGAAUCAACAGACCUUUACAAGAACCCAAGCCCUUACUUCACAGCCGCUCCAAUCAGCGACACCAACCUCCACGAUUGGCACUUCACCCUCGCCGGUCCCCCCACACCAACCCCCUACGCAGGUGGCCUCUACCAUGGCCGCAUAACCUUCCCACCAACAUAUCCACUCCGACCACCCUCAUUCCGCUUCUUAACCCCAUCCGGCCGUUUCGAGGUCAAUCGCGAGAUCUGUCUCAGUAUCUCCGGCCACCAUGAGGAAACGUGGCAACCAGCCUGGGGCGUGAGGACAGCAUUACUAGCGAUCCGGUCGGAGAUCUUCAGCAGCGAAAGUAAAGGGCAGGUGGGUGGUGUUGAGGGAAGUGCAGAGUUAAGGCGCGAAUAUGCGAGGGUUAGUCCGCAGUGGGCUUGUCGGGAGUGUGGGGUUAGUAAUGGGGAUGCUAUGAAGGAUUGGUGGGGAAUUUGUGUAGAGAAGGGGGUUGAGGUUGAUGUUGAAGGGUUUGACGGUAAUGGUUCAUUUGGAAAUGGGGAACAGCAGGCUGGACCUGCUGAUGCAACUGCGGAUGUGGAGAGGCAGGCUGAGCCUGUCGCUUCGACGACAGCAACAACUUCUGCGCCGUUGCAAUCGGAAUCACAAAUACAGCCACAGGUAGCUGCGCCGGUCGAAGCUACACAAUCCACGCCUGCUGCUUCUUCUUCGUCGGCAGUGCCAGCUCAGUCAUCUACAGCUCUUCAACCUCGACCUGUACCCGCAACUGCAACAAUCACACAGGCCUCGGAGCCGGCGAACAGCCCGUGGCUAGACAGAGCAAUUGUGGUCGUUGUUUUCGCCUUGAUCAUCUUGAUCUUACGUCAGACAUUGGACGUAGAGGAUCUCUAG